AUGAAUACCUAAGUUAAAUUGAAAUUCAAUUUUGACAAAAUUGAAUAAAAACAAAGUAUUUAAGAGAUUUUAGAAAAACUCUAAGGCUAAAUUAUCUUAGAAUUUGAUGCUUAAAAAUAAAAUGCAUUAAUUUAAUAUCAAAACUUUAUGAUUGAGUAACACAAUAUUUUUUAAUUGAAUGAUCAAAAUUAACUUCAAUAAGAUCCUCUAUACAAUUAAUUACACUAUAAUGAAGUUAUAGGUAUACCAAAUAUAAUUAAAUUUAUUGCUAUUCAUAAUUUGUUGCAGAAUCACUUUUAACAAAAAGCUUAUUUAUAAUAAAUGAAAAUUUUUCCAGAUUGGAAUUUAGGUGAAUACAAAGCAAAAAAAUAACUUAAUUAGAGUUAAUAAAAUCUUUUAAAUUAAAUAAAUUAGUAAAUUAAAAGCAUUGUUGUGUAUUCUGUCUUUUGUACUAAUUAUGUAGAGAAAAGAUAAAAAAUUAUUUUUUUAUAAAAAUCUUUAUAUGAGAUUGCAAAAAUUUUAGAAACCAAUUAAGAAAAUAUAUUAAUAGGAGAAAUUAAAGAACCACAUGAGUAGGUAGGAUAUUUAAAAAAAUUAAUAUUUAUUUUACAUUUGAAUGAAAAUUUAUAGUAGUUAAAUUUAUAAUCUCAAAUUUAAAAGAAAUAAAUAUUAAUGAAUAAAUUUAUUACUGAGAAUUUUAAUAUUCACACUCUUGUAAUAAUUGUAAAAAAACCAAAAUGCACAAGAAUAGAAUUAAAAGAGAUUGUUUAAGAAUUAAAAUAAUAAUAUUAAAAUAUCAAUAUUAAAGUUGGUUACAAUAGAUUUGAUAUUUCUAAUUUUGAAAAAUUAGUUUAUUUAGAAAUUGAGUAAUAUGAUGAUUAUUAUAAUUUUGAUUAAUUCUUACAAUAAGAAAUAUAGGAUAGAGCAUCUAAAAUAUUGAGAUUAAAUAUUUAGGAUAAAUUAAAUUUUGAAAACUAUAUUCUUAAAUUACCAAUGAUCACAAAUUCUAAUAUUAAAUUUAAACAUUGCAAAUCUGGAAUAAAAUUGAGCAAUCCAAUUAAUUAAGUAAAUUAAUUCAGAGUAUAAGUAAACACCUAUUUAAAAGAAAUAAAAAAUUCAUUAUUGUAUAUAAAAUUUAAUUAAAAAUUCUAAGCUUUUUUCGACUUGAUAGGGAUGGAUUAAAAAAAAUAAAUUUUAACUAAACUAUUUAUGAAUGUAACUUAAUAACAAUAUAUGUUAUCAAUAAUUGAUAUAAAACAAAACACCAUUGAUGUUUUAGUUUACUUUAAUAGAGUUCUAAAUAAUGAUAUUAUUGCUUUAGAAAAGAUUCUUAAUGAAACUAUGGCAAAGCUUCAUAUUGCAGACUUAGAAAAGUAUUAAUUUGAUUAGCUAGAAUUGACGAUCGAUUAAUUCUAAUAAAAAUUUUUUUCUUUAGUCAUUGUUGAAAAUCAAAAAUUAACUUGUAUUUUACAUUUAAAAUAAUACAAUGAAAUUCUAAAGCAUUUGGAUAGUUUAAAAACUUUAUCAAUUUUAUCCUAUUAACCAAAAUCAAAAUUGCAUGCAUAAUAAAUUUUAUAAGAUUAUUAAAAUAAAUUAAUUGAAUAAUCAUAAGAGAUUUUAUCAAUAAAAUUAUCAUAAAAUAAUGAAAACAUUUAUUUGGAAUGUUAAACCAAAAAUAUGGCAAUUUUAGAGAUUUUUUAAAAAUAUGAAAAAGUUUUAGAUUAGUAAUUAAUGGAAAUACCUAUAGAUAUUACAAAAAUGGAGGCAAAAUUUUUACAUAGAAAUUGUCAAUAAGAAAUUCAAAAGGAAUGCAAUGAAUAAAUAUUUGAAUUACUAUUUGAUUUUAAUGAAUAUUAGACUCCAACUGAUUCAGGAGAAUUAAAAUAAUCAUUAAAAAAAUCAGAUGUUGAAAAUUAGUUCAUUAAAUUUUUAAUGAAAAAAGUUUAUUUUGAUACAAAUUUUAAAUGUGAGGUAUUUAUGAAAUUUAGCAACAAAAAUAAUUAAGAUAGAAUUGUUUGUUAAAAAGAAGACAAAAUUAAUCCAAAUGUUAUAUCUAUAAAGGAUUAUUUUUCAUAUUAUUAAAAAUAAAAAGUACCAUUUAAAUAAUUAGGAGUGAUAUAUGAAGAAGUCAAAGAUAUAUUCCCUAAAUUAUUAUAAUUGUUUAUGUCAAAAGAACAAAAUAAAUUUUAUGAACUUGUGAUUUUUAUUGACAAUUAAAAAUUCAAGCUUCAAUAUGAAUAAGAAUUGUUAUAUGGUUUAGGAGUAUCUAUAUAAGAAAGUUAUUAAGAUUAUUAAUGGUAAUGGUCUGAUGGUAGACAAUUUAAUGAUUAUGAUGAUUCUAUGAUUAAUUAAUAAAUUGAAACUGCAUAUUAAGCUUUCAUAUUAGAUAAUUAAAAAAAUGAACUAAUUUUAAGAUUUCCUUACUCUUAUUAACCUGGCACUCAUAGUAUUGAUUUAAAUAAAGGCACAAUAUUAGAUCAUGCAAAUGGUACAGUUAAGUAACUUAAACAAAAAGAUGGAUUGUAUUAUGUUGGUAGUGAGUAGGCAGAUGACAUUUUGAAUUAAUAUAUUAAUGAGAAAAAUUAAUUGAAAAAAUAUUAAUUCACUGUGUUUCUUAAAAAAUAUAUAAUUUUAUUUAAAAGUAAAGAAGAAAUAUAUUAAAUUAAUUUUGAUACUAAAUACAAAAGAAAAUUAAGAAGAGCAGUUAAAACAGACAAAUAUUUUUAAUUUAUACAUGAUUAUAUAAAAUCAAAAUAAAAUGAAGUAACACCCUCAGAAACUCCAAAUGGUGAUAAUUAGAUUUAUUGUCGUGCAAAAACAUUUAUUAAAAUAAAUUAAGAAUUAGAAUAAAUAAAAUAGAAUUAAAUUGAAAAGAUAAAAAAGAUAAUCUAAAAAAUAUUAGAGAAAUAUAUUACUAAUUUUGAAAUAAUAUUGCCUGUGACAAAUGAUUAGAUAUACUUCAGUUUUUUGAAUUUCCUAAAUAAUAACACACUAUAAAUAGAAGGGGAAUUCAAUUAAAACUAAUCUAUUUCUAUAAAGUCUUUUGAAAAGAGUUAAUAAUUAAUAAUCGAAGUAGUAGAAUUUCUUUAAAAUAUUCCAUAAAAUUGGAAUCCUUCAAGUUAUUAAAACUUAUAUUAUUUUGAUGUUUUACAACCUGAUUUGGAAGAAGUUAAGUCAGCUUUUCCAUUUUUAGAUAUAAAAUCUAUAUAAUUAGUUCAAAAUUAUGAUUAAUGGGCAAAAUAUUAAUAUAUAAAAGAUUAAUUAGAAAAUUAGAAUGAAACAUUAUUACUAUUUGGAAAUAAAAAAGAUUGUGCUUAAGAAGAAAUGGCAAGAGUUACUUUGUCAUUAUCUUUAGAUUAUGUAAAAUAAUAUAAUAUAUAUUUUUAGCAUACUGGACCCUAUGUAAAAUGUGGUAAAACAAUUGGGUAUGUUAAAGAUAAUUAUUGCGAAUCCUAAAAAGGAUAAAAAGAAAUCAUAGUACUAUAAGUAUUAUUAGGAAAACCAUAAGAACUUAAAUAAUAAUAUAUAAUUAGUGAUUAUUCUGAUAAUAAUUAUUAGGAAGGUGACUAUUAUUUCAUCAAGAGAAAUAGGAUUUAUCCAAAGUUUAUAAUAACUUUAAAUGAACAAUGA